AUGGCUUCCAACCCCGUCAUGCCCAAGCUCGACGACUCCGCCUCGGACGCCUCGUCGGUCGACUCGCGCGGCCGUCGCCGCCGCAGAAACAACAAGCAGCUCGCCCAGGCUGGCGGCUUGUCCAACCCUGCUGUGCUGCCCCGUCUGGCUGACACCAAGCCUGUGAGGCUUCAGCUUGGGCUUAACCUUGACGUGGAGGUUGAGCUGAAGGCUAGACUGCAGGGUGAUGUCUCGUUGACACUGCUGGUUGAGGAGAAACCCACGGCACGGCCAAAGGAGAGUGUGGAGUUGGUGCCGGAUUUGUUUGGGGUUGUUUAUGGGUAUAGUAGUAGUCAUGAAGGGAAGGUGAAGGAGGAGAGGAAGGAGAUGUUUUACAUGCGGAUUGGGCAGAUGAGCUUCAGGCAGAACUGGGUUGAACGAGAGCUCGCUUACGCUCACGGUCUGCCUGUUGAUUCUGGCUUUGGGGAUAUUGAUAGGGUUUGA